UACAGAUGAGCGCCUCCUCGACAGGGCGAGCAGAUUUGGAGCUGAAGGUGUGUUGCUGUUGCCAGUGAGCUGGAAGAGGAAGACAGGAAGGAACCUCUUUGACUGAAGAUACUUGUCACAUCGAGCUCGUGCUGCAAACUUGAACCCCUUCCUGGGAUUGUGAAGAGGACCCAGGGUAGACAGCGUGCUGCCAGCAUCUGCCUGGCUGCCCAGCAUCGCCACAAUGAAUGAGAGUCGAAGGGAAGCACUGGCGGCGGCCGCCCCCGCGCCCACCACCGCCUCCUCCUCCACGGCUGGCUCCAACACCACCAACAUGGCCGGCCCGGGCACAGGCGAGAAGGAUGAAGCCUUCUCCAAGCUGAAGGACAAGUUCAUGAAUGAGCUGAACAAAAUUCCAUUGCCAUCGUGGGCCAUCGUCUCGAUUGCCUUUGUGGCCAUCAUCCUGGUGUUAGCUUGCUGCUUCUGUGUCUGCAAAAAAUGGAUAUUCAAGAAGAAAAACAAAAAGAAGGGCAAAGACAAGGGCAAAAAUGCCAUCAACAUGAAGGACGUCAUAGAUGGGGCCAAAACCGAGGCCUUGAAGGAUGAGGAGGAUGCGGAGACAGGGCUGACUGAAACGGAGAAAGAGGCAGAGCCCAAGGAGGACCAGAAACUGGGCAAAUUACAGUACUCCCUGGAUUACAAUUUCACAGAGAAUACGCUCAUAGUGGGGAUCAUUCAGGCGGCCGAGCUGCCUGCUAUGGACAUGGGUGGCACAUCUGACCCAUACGUAAAGGUCUACCUGCUGCCUGACAAGAAGAAGAAAUUUGAGACCAAGGUCCACAGGAAGACCCUCAACCCCGUCUUCAAUGAGCAGUUCACCUUCAAGGUCCCAUAUGUAGAGCUUGGCGGGAAGACACUGGUGAUGACGGUGUACGAUUUUGACCGCUUCUCCAAGCAUGAUGCCAUUGGCGACAUCAAGGUGCCCAUGAACAAGGUGGACUUCAGCCACAUAACAGAGGAGUGGCGGGAUCUGCAGAGCGCUGAGAAGGAGGAGCAAGAAAAACUGGGUGAUAUCUGCUUCUCUCUGCGAUAUGUCCCCACUGCUGGCAAGCUGACCGUGGUCAUCCUUGAGGCCAAAAACCUCAAGAAAAUGGAUGUUGGAGGCUUGUCAGAUCCAUAUGUGAAAAUCCACCUGAUGCAAAAUGGUAAGAGGCUGAAGAAGAAGAAGACGACAAUCAAGAAGAACACCCUCAACCCUUACUACAACGAGUCCUUUAGCUUCGAAGUCCCAUUUGAACAAAUCCAGAAAGUGCAAGUUGUUAUAACUGUUCUGGACUAUGACAAGAUCGGCAAGAACGAUGCCAUCGGCAAGGUCUUUGUGGGCCUCAACAGCACGGGGACGGAGCUGCGCCACUGGUCCGACAUGCUGGCCAACCCCAGGAGACCCAUCGCCCAGUGGCACGUGCUGAAGCCUGAGGAGGAGGUGGAUGCUCAGCUCUCCGUCAAGAAAUAGGCAGGGCUCUUUCAGUACCUGCCUUGUAGUACUCUUUAGCCAGUAUGUGUAAAUACCUCAGUGAUAUAUGGGUCCAUCCAUGUAACUCCCUGUCCCACUUUACCCCCUCCCCCACCCGUCAACCUCUCCCAGAUUCAUCACUCCUAAGUUCACACACAGUCCUAAUUGUUGAAGUGUCCUGCAACAUCUGUUCUCUGCUUUUUUUCUAUCAGGUUCUCGCUUUGAUUCAGCAGUUUUUGAUUUCCAUCUCCAAGCCCUUAACCGCCCAGACCAAAUGCCCCCUUCUUUUAAGCAAUAUGAUCUGUAUAGAUAGCGCAUGACUGAAAGAAUUUAUUGUACCACAGUUGUAUAUAUAAGUAUGCAGACAUAAAUGAUUUCUAGUUUAUGUGUUUGUAUGUUGUUACCCGUUUCCUAAUCUGUGUAUAUCUUGAUGUUUUUAAUAAGAUGUUCUAUUUUAAAUUAUGUAAAUGCAGAUAUAGAGGAAAGCCAAUAUUAUAUAUCCCAGGAUUUAAAAAUUCUACCUUAUUACCUUAUUGCAUUCCAGAAAAAAAAGAAUUCCAACCUGCAAGAUGCUAGUGGAAAUAUAUUCACAUUGUAAAGGACUUUAAGUUCAGCAAAGGAUCAUUACUGAAAAGACAAACGGAUGAAUAUAUCCACACAAAACUCCAAAAUACAAGGCCAUUAACUACUAUGGUUCUGUAGGAUAAAUUAUGCUGCUGGAAAUUAUACAAGCACAUGAUUUCUUAUGACUUUUUGUACCUAUUUCUUAAUCCGAGGACCUACAUGUUUUAGCUUGAGGCACACUUGUUACCACUUAGCAUUUCAUUUUUUCCUUGUUUGGCAGUUCCAUCUGAAAUAGGUCCUCAAGUUAAAGGCUAGUUUUCUUUUCCAACAAUAGAAGUGAUUGCCUCCAAGAAACACCCCUUUAGAAACAACCCCCAUGUGGAAAAAAAGCACCAAGCUGUAGCCAUUGUGUCCUUAAACUCGUUUAACAAUAUUUUAUUAACUGCUUACUUUAAACAGCCUUGUCGUCGCUGGAGGUGUAUCGCGUUUAGGCUGGGGUCCGACAUUUGUGAGGGAGUUUAAAAAGAAAAAAGGGGGGCGGGUGGGGGUCGCGCUCUGGGCUCUGGUUUUAAGAGGACUAUUUUUUAGAUUAAUUCAGCGUCUUGACUAUUUUUAGUAAAGUGCAUGGUUUUUUUUACAAUCUUUACUAAAGGCUGGGACGGGAGGGAGGGGGGAUCUACUGACACCAGGGGAGGCUCUUCUGAUAGGAUCCCCUUGCCUUCAAUCAGAGGAGAGGACAAAAAAAAGAAAUCAAGAGUAAUGUUUAAACUUUGUGUCAAUGUGACAUUGACAGAGGUGAAGCGAGUUUAGUCUAAACACUGCCAUUUUCGGGGAGGUGACUUUAUGUAGAGACCCUCUCUUCAUGCACACUCCCACUUGCUAGUGGUUGUAGCUUUGGUUUAUUGGGAACAAUGUCUUUGGCUGCAGUGGUGCCCUGAAUCGCAGUCUUUGCUUUGCGUUGCCUUCUCACAGUGACAAUAGAGCUAGCCAUGUUUUACUGCCAAUUUUAACUUUUAUGUGGCUGCUAUUUUGCACUGGAUGUCUUUGAACUAGCUUGUUGACUUCUUUAGAAACCAUUUUUGGACGAUUGUUGGCCGGCUUUAUUUCAGGACACCUGCAGGAGGGGAGGGGCAGGGGGCGGAGCCAGAGAUCCUCCUGCUUGAUUGGAUUAAUUAAAUACAAAAAAACCCAACAAAAAAACAGAAAAAAAGAAAGAAAGCAAUGAUGACAAAUCACGUUUCAGCCAACAGCAAUUGCAUCAGUUUUGUUUUCUUGUUGGCACAGGACUACACCAGGGGAGCACGAAAUAACCGUAAAAGUUAAUGGUCUGCGUAGGCUAUUAGUUCAUUAUGUCCUUUACUACGGGUCCAAUUAGGAAAGGAGUAAGUUGUAAUCCAUGAAAACCAUGAAGUCUCUUAUCUUGGAGGAACCUCUUGCAUAUACUCGAUGCUAGCUUCAGGAGGACUUUCUAAAUGUUUUCAAUGUUAUUGUGUAGUUGAUAGCACUAUUAUGAAAAAGCUACUUGUCAUUCCAUAGGAGUCUUCUGAGGACUGCUUUGUGUAUCACUGUGACUGCCGUGUGUGCUUAGAGAUGUAGACUUAUCAGUAGGUAGCGAAACCAGUCUGUUCUGUAGUGAUGUCGUAGCGUUUAAUGCCAUUUUUUCCCUUCUACACGCAAAGAGAGAACAAGAGAGAGAGAGAGAGCGUGGCGUCGCCUGACUUCACGCAACCAAAAAAAAGAAAAGGAAAAAAAAAAGGAGGCUUUUAUCUGAGCGCGAGCGGGUUGCUUCACACAGCAUUUUGUUGAGCACUGUGCAAUACUUGUAUGUUCAUCCCAUAGUGUUAACGUGGGUGGCGUUGCCCGAGAAAAGAGAUUAUAACCCUUCGAGGAUGAAUCCAGUCCAGAGAGAUGUUUUCUCCUUUCCAGUGAAAUGGUUAGGACACAGCACACUUAGAUUCAGCUUAUAGUUUGGAGCUUGACACCUGCUGACCUCUGUUUAGGGUUCCCUCCCUUUUCCGCAGGUUCAUUUUCUCUUCUUGCACACAGUUCCAGCAUCAGAAGUUUCAGGGAGUCUUCGUUAAAUACCAAACAAGAUUCUGCAUUUAGAUAUCCCCUUAAAAAUGCCAUGUAUAUAUUUACAUAAUCGUGUCAAAGAAAAUGUAUAUCUAGAAUAAAUAUAAAGUGACCUGAAUGAUUAUUCAGCCGCAAAAUAUCGCUUUUAUCCAGAUGCUAUAUCUCAUCAUCGUUAAUCCAUUUUCAUUACAGUUAUUUUAUUUAUGUAUUUUUAUUUUUUAUUUUUUUAUCUUCCCUGUUGAUUCAAAACCCCUUUUCUAUUUGAGAUGAAAACUCUGAAUGUACAGUGAGGACCGUGUUGGUGUAGAUUACUUUAAUUGUGAGAUUAGAUGUACUUUGCACUUUUUGUUGUUUAAAAGAACAUAUUUUUAAUAUUUUUUCAGCUAUUAUGGAUUCAUUUCAUAUUCCUAUGGGGUAAAAACAAACAAACAACCUCCCCUGUGAUAGCAUUCCAAUAUCACUGAGCAUACUUUAAUACAGCUGUAUUCCCAAUCCCUCUUCAGCUGGGGGAGCUCUUUUAUUUGACAUGUUUUCCAUAUAUAGAUCCAUGAAUUCCAGUACAGCUUCAGAUUUAAAUAAUAAAAAAAUAUAUUAAAGUAAAAGGUGCAGUCUUUGCAAAAAUGGCCCAAGCAAUUUGACAUGAAUACUAAUGCAGAAAGGUUGCACCAAAGGAAUUAUCCAAUCAAAGCUGAGAGAAAAUCAAACCGAAUUAUAUGAAAAUAUAACAAGUGCACGAACGUAUCAGGGAAUUCAGUAAAUGGGCAGCAUUGCAAAACCCAUCGGAUUGUGAGGCGUGUGGAGGAAACUACAAAGCAAAAGCCAUUACCUGCGCUGCAGCGCAAUGCUCCAGUUACUGCGAUUCCCCACCAAAAAAAGUGCGCACGCCUAAUCACCCCCCACACCCACACCCUAAAUUCAAGCUCUCUUCUGUGUGACAAGGAACUGAAGAAUCUCUCCAGUGACACCGACAAAAAGCCACACUGACCUUUCAAAAACAAAGCUGUGUAAAGUAUUAGAAUCUGAUGCUGUAGAAAGAUCCUAGUUGCCUUUGUGUAUAUCAACUGCCUGCUUGAGUAUUUUGUGUGUGGAAAUUUUCUCUGUAAUCUUGUAGAACUGUUCGGGGUGUUUUUUCCUGCCAUAUCGCUCGCAGUGACGGCGAGCCUGCUGACGGUUAUAUUUGCUGUGUAUACCUUCAUUUUUUGAUGAGGUGUUUUCCAGUUUUGUUUCACUUUGUGUAGUGAUUCACUCUGUGGAGUUUUCUGACUGUUGUUAUAUAACUUCAUAUACACAAAUGAUCAAUAAAAAUGUUUUAUUUCCUGUU